AGAGCAUCCUCAAAAUUCGCCACUCCAGCAGGACCGUAUGGAAGUGUGUCGUAUGGAAUUUCCGCUGAGAAAUGUGAGCUGACAGCAUGACCUCCUACAGUGCUGCUACUUCUUGGGCUUCCUACGCUACGGCAACAGAUCGGGCUUCGCCUCAUACGCCUGAUUUCUCAGGGCAUUUCUGCAACUUGAACUGCAUAGCUAAAAAUCACCAUCGAGUGAAAACCUUUAGCGUGGUCGCUUGUGGCGGAUUACUUUAUGAACCCCACGUCGAAACGAUGAUAUGUGGCUGCGAUUUCGGCAAACGGAUCCAUGGACAAGAAGGCAACCAAGAAGGCGCGGAACCUGAACAUGGGGAAGAGAAGAAAGCUCCUGUGCCUCCAGGUCCACCAUCUAGAAACCUACCUCCGCAAGAUAAAGAAGACAAUCAGGCACCCACGGCUAGCGACUUCGUUGCUGAGACGGCGAAUCACAUCGGGACCAUAGUAGACGGUGAAGACAAGUCCUCGUCCAGGAAGAAAAGCAUCGAGAAGAGAGACUACGUAGAAUCUGCGUGUGUCACUCAGAAACACGCCUCCAUUCCUUGCUCACCCAAGGAAAACAAUUAUGUGUUCAUAGACGUCAUUCAGGAUCUUCCCACUGCACAUUGUUCAGGGCUAAGAGUACAAUCAUGCAAGUCCGCGUAUAGUGCUCCCCUUGACGUCACGAGCAGUACUGAUUGCUCAUGCCCCAUGUACGAGAUUAACAAAGGCUCAAAUUACCACGAUGGUACCAAGCAGGAUGGCAGCAGCAGCCGACUUCCCUGCAUUUCAAGGAGCGUGGAUGACGGCAGUCCUGUGAAGGCUGUCAGAAAACUGAUCACUAGGCGGCGUGAGGUCGUGUUCGACUUGAACUUGCCGGAAGGGAUUCGUGUCAACCGAAGAGGACACCUCAUUGAAGACAGAGGCGUAUCCGCGGAAGACACUUAUUUCGAAUUGAACACGCGUCCAAUCGUACGGGAGUAUCCUGCGCCACUUUCUACUAAUAUUCCGCCUACUUCCUUAAUGAGCUUCCACCAACGAGAAACGCUAGCGCGUAUUACAGCAGGGACAUCAUCUCCAGAUCAACCAGCAUGUAACGAACCGUGCCAGAGACAUGUUCCAAUUGGGUCCUUCAACCCAAGAUGCACGAUUGCACACGCAGACGCUGAGCAUGAAGAAGGGAAGAGCGCCGCCCAAGCACGCCACGGCCUGCCACAGCCAAUAAAUGAUCAAAAUAGCCAGUACAUGCUCAAUACGUCAACCUCUGGUGCGACUAUAGCUGUCCUCCCUUCCAUGAGGCUUAGCACCAACACAAAUUCCAAUCGCGACCCAACGUUCAUCGAUUCUAGGUCUCAACAACUGGUUCAGGAUCAGGUUAUGGAUCAUGUGCAUUGUGCAUCCUGCAUGCACCGGAAUGGUCAUGCCACGAAGUGUUCAAGAGGAAAUAUGAUAAAGUAUUCUAGUGCCUGCUGUUCCGGAUCCAAGGACACCCAUCACGAUAGGGCGCAUGUGCCGACAUAUCUUCCUAAUGAAAAAUGUGCAAGGAAACUGGAGAGUAGCUGCCACCACAACGAGGGCAGCGGCCCCUUAAAAACUGGCGCCCAAGGACAGCCACUCCCCGACCUUACAAGCCCGAAGGGCUGCCAUGUCUCUGAAAACGAGCGUAGGUCUAUGAAAGCUACUGUUAACGAUACUGAUCAUGCGGGUAUAAUUCACACUGUCCGUCAUAGCAAUGAGCCAUCCGUUUGUAUCUCCCCAGCAUUUCAACAGCAGUCGACGUGCUCUCAUCCUAGAUAUGGCCAAGUUAGGCAGACGGGUUCCCUGCACUGUCUACAUCCGAAAGAAAUAACUACCUCGACCCGCACCGUAGAUGCAUGUCAUCAGCGAGGAGCGACAGCCGCAAUCCCAACUACACGUUGCCUUGUUCAUGGUACGGUCGGCGUAAAGUACAAUUCGGCACAAAACAUCCACAACGGAGUGCAGCUUGAAAUGAAACCCAAGUCAACGCGUCGCCAACAAAACUUACGUAAGUCUGGAGGGAACGAAGCCACACGGUACGUCCAAGCGAAAUCUCAGAUGUCACCCAGAAUAUUUGGGACUGCGGGUGAGGACAUUGCAAGUCCCAAUGAACCUCAAGAUAGCCCACCUGGGGCAUCAAUAUAUUACGAGCAAAAACCGCUUGUUGUCGUGUACGAGGAGGCUACUGAUCAACCAAGCUACAUAGCGUAUAUUCGUUCAGAGGAUCCAUCCGCUCCUGUCUAUCUGCAAAAUGGGCCCAUCUCUAAUCAACUUGAAAAUCUCGGUACCUUGGGUUCCAAUGUAAAAUUUGAUAUACUACCAACGUCUCCCGUUACGGUUAUUUUGGAUGUCAUAUUGAAGAAAGACGGGCUUCAAAGUGACGGAGAGUUGACGGAGGUGACGGAGAAGUCCGACAAAGAAGUUGAGGUCGACGGAGAAGUCCGACUGUGUGACACCACCUGCGUUAGCCCCGGCACAGCAGCUCCAAACGUCCGUCGCUGUUGAAGCAGUCACGAUCCACGGGUAAAUGCCUGCAAACAUAGCUCAAGGGAAAGGUCCACGAUCAAUUAUAGAUAAUCAUACUGCCGGCGACUACCUUUCAGCCGCUGCGCGAGAUCUAAAUAUCGCAAUAGUUUAUGUCAACAACCUGUUGCAUUCUGCCCAAUAAAUCAUCUUAAGUUGU